AUGGCGUCGCUAGGUGAGGAGUUGCUCAACGUCGUCAACCGCCUUCAGGACCUCGUCUUCAAUACCAUCGGCAAUGACUCCCUCGAUUUGCCUCAGAUUGUCGUCGUAGGAUCGCAGUCAUCUGGAAAGUCGUCGGUUCUCGAGAACAUUGUCGGUAGAGACUUUCUGCCUCGAGGAAGCGGCAUCGUUACGCGGCGACCAUUGAUCUUGCAACUUAUCAACCUGCCAAGCGACCGCGAGGAUAAACCUGCCCAUGAUGAGAUACAUGUUCCACACACGCCCGCCAGCGUCGCAGGGCAGCAGGAAUGGGGCGAGUUCCUCCAUCACCCGGGGCGGAGGUUCUACGAUUUCGCCGAGGUCAAGCGCGAGAUCGAGGCGGAGACAGCAAGAAUAGCAGGCAACAACAAGGGCAUCAACCGACAACCCAUCAAUCUUAAGAUCUAUUCGCCGCACGUUCUAAGCUUGACGUUAGUCGACUUACCCGGACUGACAAAGGUACCGAUUGGCGACCAGCCUACAGACAUCGAAAAGCAAACACGCAACCUUAUUACCGAAUACAUCGCGAAGCCCAACAGUGUCAUCCUGGCCGUCUCGCCCGCAAACGUCGAUCUUGUCAACUCAGAAGCCCUAAAGCUCGCCAGGCAUGUAGACCCCAUGGGCAAGAGGACCAUUGGUGUCCUCACGAAACUCGAUCUGAUGGACCACGGGACCAAUGCUUUGGAUAUUCUUUCUGGUCGCGUAUAUCCGCUCAAGCUCGGUUUCAUUGGAAUUGUCAACCGUUCGCAGCAAGACAUUCAGAGCGGGAAAUCACUUGCGGAUGCUCUUGAGGCUGAGCGCGACUUUUUCCGGCAUCAUCCCGCCUACAGAAACAUGGCCAACCGGUGCGGAACUCAAUUCCUCGCGAAGAGUCUCAAUCAGACCCUCAUGUCUCACAUUCGAGAGCGUCUACCGGACAUCAAGGCUCGCUUAAACACGUUGAUGGGCCAAACCCAACAAGAACUUGCGAGUUACGGCGACGCAGCAUUCACCGGAAAGGAACACCGCGGCUCGCUUAUCCUGCAACUUAUGACGCGCUUCGCUUCGUCCUUCAUCGCCUCGAUCGACGGUACUUCUGCGGAAAUCUCGACCAAAGAACUGUGUGGUGGUGCUAGGAUUUACUACAUCUUCAACUCGGUCUUUGGAAAUUCCUUGGAACAGGUAGACCCCACGCAGAAUCUCUCCGUCUUGGACAUUCGAACAGCCAUCCGAAACUCCACUGGCCCGCGACCCAGUCUGUUUGUUCCGGAAUUAGCGUUUGACCUGCUUGUGAAGCCUCAAAUCAAGCUUUUGGAGAUCCCUAGUCAACGGUGCGUCGAGCUCGUCUAUGAGGAGCUUAUCAAGAUAUGCCACACUUGCGGCUCAACAGAGCUGACUAGAUACCCCCGGUUACAAGGAAAGCUCAUCGAAGUGGUUUCCGACCUUUUGCGAGAACGGCUCGGUCCCUGCUCAUCAUACGUAGGGUCUCUUAUCGACAUCCAGCGUGCAUACAUCAACACCAAUCAUCCCAACUUCCUUGGCGCAGCGGCUGCCAUGUCAUCCGUCAUCAACGACAAGGAACAGCGCGAGAAGAAACUUGCUCUUGAAGCUGAGAGGAAAAAGCGGGAACGACGAAGGUUGAAGGAGCUGAACAAUGGCACGAACGGCGAGAUAGCUGAAGGUGAUGAGGAGGGAGAGGUUGCGACCGAGAAAGUCCUUCCACUUCGGAAACACCAAAAUCAAGCGAGUCGCAGCAUGUCACCGGCAGUGGGACGCUUGUUAAACGGAUCACAUAACAGCGUAUCUAGUGCUCUCAACGGCAGUCGGACACGUUCACCCCCUCCAGGAUCGGCACGCGACAGCUUCCUGAACUACUUCUUCGGCAAAGAUGGUGUACCGCAACCCAACCCGGCGUUGGACAGCAGACCCGGAAGCCGACACGUCAGCCAAAAUAUUGAGCCCAGCAUCGCUCAAAGUUUCCGCCGAGGUGACACCAGGCAACCAGCCCAUGUUCUGGAGAUGGUGCCAGACGAUGACGAUGUGAUGAGCCCAGUGAAGGACACCUUUGAUGGUGGCUUCCCCGCGGAUGCUGAGGCUGCGCCUGCCAUGACUGAACGGGAGGCACUGGAGACUGAGCUAAUCCGCCGCCUUAUCUCCUCAUACUUCAACAUCGUCCGCGAAACUGUUGCCGACCAAGUACCCAAGGCUGUUAUGCACUUGCUUGUCAACCACUCUAAAGAUGUUGUCCAGAACAGACUGGUCAGCGAAUUGUAUAAGGAGGACCUCUUCCAGGAGCUCCUCUACGAAGAUGACACCAUCAAGGCCGAACGCGAGAAGUGCGAGAAGCUGCUCAAGACAUACAAGGAGGCAGCGAAGAUCGUGGGCGAGGUACUGUAA